UAAGCAAGGGCGGCCUUCCAAAAUUUUCGUUGCGCACAUAACGGCACUAGGCACGUUUCUUCCACUCUCUCGUUUCGGUGAAGCCUCGGGCUCCAGACUCCGCUUACGAUCCAUUCCCAUUGCCAAGACUUUCCGAAGAUCAGGUUCCGCAGUCAGGUUAGCGGGAAAAGGUUUUAGAUGUAAAAUUCUUUAUCAUGCAGGAAAAUGGGUUUGUGGACACUAUUGGAAGGUUGCCUACUACUUGCUAAUGCAUUGGCAAUAUUAAAUGAGGACCGCUUCCUGGCACCUAGGGGAUUGAGCUUCUCAGAAUUCUCAGGCGGCAAGACAAAAUCAUUUAAGGGGCAGCUUAUCGGUCUUAUUUAUGCAACCCAGUACCUAAGAGUUCCUCUCAUAUUGCUAAACUUCAUCUUCAUCGUGGUAAAAUUGGUAUCUGGAUGAUACCACUCUAGGUAGGAUUUUGUAUUUCUUUAGUGAUGGUUUGGAUUUUUUAUGUUUAAGUAUGACGAGCAAAUUUUCACCAUUAGGUUACUAUUGAAGUGACAAAGAUAUUCAUUUUUUUUUUUUUUUUAUGAAAACAGAGUUUCUAUUGAUUGUCUAA